AUGGCGGUGUGGGAGCACUUGGACGUUGACCAUGCUCACGUUGCGUACGCAAUCAUUGGGACGUUCUCUGCGGUGUUUUCUCUUGUUUCUCUGUUUGUGAAGGAGAAGCUCUAUAUUGGUGAGGCUACUGUUGCUGCCAUUGCAGGGUUGAUAUUUGGGCCUUACUGCUUGAACUGGUUCACGCCGACAGAGUGGGGCAAUACUGAUCAGAUCACACUGGAGAUUAGUCGUAUCGUGCUUUGUCUACAGAUCUUUGCCGUUGCUGUGGAGUUGCCAAAGAAGUACAUGCUGAGGCACUGGGUGUCUGUGUUUAUGCUGUUAGUGCCUGUGAUGACGUAUGGCUGGCUGGUGAUUGGCGCCUUCAUCUACCUGUUGUUCCCAGGCUUGAACUUCUCGUCCUCUUUAGUUGUGAGUGCUUGUAUAACAGCCACUGACCCCGUGCUUGCGGCAGCAGUGGUUGGUAAGGGUAAAUUUGCCAGAACCAGGGUCCCUGGACACUUGAGAAACCUGCUGAGUGCCGAAUCCGGCUGCAACGACGGUAUGGCCUUUCCUUUCAUCUAUCUGGGUGUCAAUCUCGUUAUCCAUCACGGUAAUGCCCGUGAAAUCGUUAAGGAUUGGAUCUGCGUUACUAUUCUAUACGAGUGCAUCUUAGGUUGUUUCAUGGGUGCGCUGAUUGGUUACCUGUCAAGACAUGCAAUCAAAUUCUGCGAGAGAAAGAAGCUCAUAGAUCGAGAAUCGUUUUUGGCCUUUUACAUAUUCAUCGCUGUGAUGUGUGGUGGGUUUGGUUCAAUAUUGGGCGUGGAUGACUUGCUGGUUUCCUUCGCAGCAGGUGCAGCAUUCUCAUGGGAUGGUUGGUUUGCACGCAAGACUGAAGAAUCCCAUGUCUCUACCGUGAUUGACUUGCUGUUAAAUCUGGCAUAUUUUGUCUACUUUGGUGCCAUCGUUCCAUGGCCUCAGUUCAAUGAUGCGUCAUUGGGUCUAAACGUUUGGAGACUGAUUGUCUUGGCUAUUGUUGUGCUCACUCUCAGAAGAAUCCCUGCUGUUAUGGCUGUGAAAGUUCUCAUUCCAGAUAUAAAGACAUGGAGAGAGGCCAUAUUCUGUGGUCAUUUUGGUCCUAUUGGUGUUGGUGCAGUUUACGCUGCAAUUGUUUCGAGAGCUGCACUUGAAGGUGAACUGACAAGCCAAGCUACACCAACGUCCGAGCUGCCAUCACCAGAUUCGGAGAAUUAUUUGCUGAUUGCAGUGAUUUGGCCAAUAGUUACGUUUCUGAUCAUCUCUUCAAUUAUAGUUCAUGGUUCCUCUGUUGCUGCAAUUGUGUUGGGUAAACAUUUGAACACAAUGAACAUAACAAUGUCCUUCACCACCACUAAUGGUAACUCUUCCAACUGGAUGUCCCGUUUACCGGAGCUGAAGGCAAAUGGGCGUUCAUUUUCCUUGCACAGAAUAGAUACGUUUGCACCAAAGUCAUCUGGUGACGCUGGUCCUUUAUCACAGACCACGACGGUUGAAACCUCUGGUAUACCUGCGAGACCAGCUGGUGGUAUGCGUAUCAAGAAAGCCAAGAAGAGAUUUGGGAAGAAGAAGCUUAAGAGAACAAUCUCUGAGGACUCUGCUGAUUUGGAUAUGGAUAGGGAAAAGAUAAUGAAAGAAAGAGAAGCUAAAGCAGCAGCUUUUGCCCUUGGCUCUCAAAGACCAGCGGAGAAGGAGGAAGAAGAAAAUGAGUACAACAGCUCUACAAAGAUAGGGAUUACUCCUGCGAAUACGGAUGCAGAAACAGUUCCAUUUCCAAGUGCAGAGCCUCAAUAUCCAAUUCACGAAGCAGAUGAACAUACAGAGGGAGUUAACGUCGGCACUUACAAUAUCAAGAGAACUCCAACCAAUGCAUACCAAGAGGGAAAUACACUUAUUGUUGAGGAUCAGCAUGGAGAAAUUAUGGAUACUGCACAUAUGGUGAAUGAUGAUUUGGGAGAUAGAUUGAGGAGAACUCUAUCAGCUGCAUCAUCUGGCAAUUCUCUACUAUCACCUGUCAAGUCAUUAGCACACUCCUUAGAGAGAAUUCCAUCAAGAGAUCGACCAAGUAAGAGAUACGUUGCUUAUAAGACUGGUGAUCACUUGAUUAUUGAGAGUGAAGAUGGUGAAGUUUUGAGAAGAUAUGCCGUUCACCACCAUGGACAGAAAGACGUGAGACCAAGAACUACUUCUCUUAUUGGAGGUGUUGCAGGAAAGGCACUCUCUGUCGUUGGACUGAAGUCCUCUAAUACCAAUGACAGUAAAGCACCUACUGCCCAGAAGGUGAUCCCAUUAUCUCCAUUACAGUUGGAACAAGACCACAGUGAAUCUGAAGAAGAGGAAGAAUCCAGUGUUGAAUUAGAGACCGUUGAUACUAAUACGCAGGGAGAGGGUGAAGAAGAGGAGACUGCUUUUGAACGACAGAGACGUUUGGCUGCGCUGGGUCAUAUCUCAACUCAGCACGAAAGUGAAGACGAAGAAGAAGAUGUGCCACCAAUCACUCCUGUUAGUGUUCAUAGAGGUGGUACUGUUCAUUCGAUUACCCAUGCUCUUAUGCCACAUAUCGGUUCUUCUAGCAACAGCUCACCAUCCAAGGGAACCACACAAGGUGCCACAGUACAAUUCACAGACACCCCAAAGCCAAAAAAGCAUUGA